GCUCUAGCUCUUAUAGUCUUUGAGCAAUAGGCGCUAAUAGGGACAGGGAAGGGGAAGUAGGAAGUGCCAAAUCCGGCAAAUGGAUCAAGGGAAACCGACAAACAUCAAGCCUGAUGGUGCCUCGGAACUUGGUUUUUAAAGGUUAGGUUAGGGUUAGGGUUAGGGUUGACUUCAAUGCGGGCAGCGUGCCAACUGGCGAUGGAGGAUCUCUACACGACCACCUACAGCACCACACAAUUCAUCUCAACGAAGACAACGAAAAGCUCCUCGAAGAGCAUCUACAGCAGCGACAACUUGAAUGCCGCUAGUCAGGAGUUGGCGAAUGCCUCCCCAAUUGGACCGCAGAUCCAGAUCAAUGAGAUCCGUACGCUGAAGCGUUCCCAGCAGUUCCCAGGCGGCAACUCCGUGUUGGAUAUUGCCGGUAUACGCGAUCCCCGCACGGGCCGUAUUCUAACCAUUGGGGAGGCCAUUCAGCUGCGGAUCCUGGAUGUGCGCACCGGCGAGAUGCUGGUGGGCGAUCGUCGGAUAACCCUGGAACAGGCCGCCGAACAGGGACUGAUCGAUUCACAGCUGGCCAGGCAGCUGCUUCAGCCUGGAGCAGGACGCGAUCCCAGCGGAAGGGAGCUGUCGCUGCUCGAGGUGAUACAGCGCGAGAUCAGCGAGGCUGAGUCCGGCUACGAGACGGCCGAGAAGCGCAUCAAGGUAAACAGCGUAGUAACGACGGAGGCGGCGGGAUCGCCCGAGAAUCCCCGUAAUAUUGCCGACGCCAUUUCCGCGGGGAGUGUGGACACCAAGACAGGCCUGUACCGGGUCAAGUCGGGGCAGACCAUCAGCCUGGCGGAGGCCUACGGGCGCGGCUACCUCAUCCGGCACGAGUCGAUGACAAUCAAGUCGAAUGCGCUCUGCCUCAGCGAUGCCAUUGCCCACGGGCUGGUCGAUGCCGCCGGCUGGAUAGCGGACCGCAACUCCGGCGACAAGUUCCGGCUGGACUCGGCCAUUGCCAAUCAGCUAAUCGAUGCGAGCGUGCGCGAAGUGGUGGACGCGAAGCGGGACGUCAAGAUCACACUACAGGCAGCCCUGCAGUCGGGCGUGCUGAACGCGAAGACGGGUCGGUACGUGAACGAGGGGACCAAGGAGAAGCUCACCUUCUCCGAGGCGCGCAGCCGGCAGCUGAUCGUGAAACCCUACACGCUGAAGGACAUCUGCGACCUGAACCUGCUCGACCGGCAGACAGAAAAGAUAACGAGUCCGAUGCGCCGCGAAAAACUAAGCCUCAUGCAGGCCAUCGAGGCCGGUGUGCUCGACGGGAAUCAACUGAAGUGCAUCACCAAGCGAAAGGGUAAGCUGGUCACACUGCAGGAGGCAAUCGCGGAUGGCAUUGUCCUGCCCGCGGAGGUCAAGUACCGCGACUUUAUGACCGGCGAGCUCAUGGCCAUUCCCGAUGCCGUGGAACGCGGUCUAAUCAGCUCGGUGUCCCAGCGUUCGAUAUUUGAUAUAGACGGGUUCAAGGACCUGCGCAGCAACGACUAUGUUAGCUUUAAUGUGGCCCUCUCGCGCGAUUUCCUGCGGCGCAAGAGCACGAGUUUUGCCUUAGAGACAGCAGGUAGGUAGAAGGACAAGGAAAGCCUGGG